AUGAGCAACAUCGCUGCCGAGAUCAUCCUUCACCCCAAGGUCAACCAGACCCUCGCUGUUCUCGCUACAACAGUCGGCAGAGACAAGGUCACAAGGCUUCUGCAGUACAUUGCUAGGCUCUUAGCAUGGUCUCUGUUGCAUCGUGGGAACGUUGAAGAGGCUGCUCGUUGGAACGGACUCAAGGGUGGCCUCGCGAAUGGUAGAAAAGUUAUGCGCCUGUUCCGUCCUGCCGAGUUCCUGCAAUCAGCUAUAAAUCUCGCCCAGAGGCCUGGUCCUGCCCAGGUCGCCCACAUUGCGCAGAUUGGACGCCAGAUUGGCUACGCAGGCUUCCAUACAACGGACAUGAUCACAUGGCUGUCCUCCAUCCGAUUCCUCAAGUAUGACAAGCUCAAGACAGACCGUAUACAGCGACUCAUGUAUAAGUUCUGGUUCGCCGGUGUCCUCAGCUCCUUGAUUUCAUCUAUUGCCUCACUGCUUCGGCUUCGCGCAGACUCUAGAAGGUUUGCGCUUUCGACCGAAGUCGCGAAGAGGGAAGAGAAGGAGGGCAACUUGGAAGCUGCCUCGAAGGACGCUCAACGUGAAACGAUCAUCUCGCAGAUCCUCAGCGACUCCUUGGACAUCUGGAUUCCUGCUACCGGUCUUGGACUUGCCAACUUGAGCGACGGAACCUUGGGUCUCUUUGGCGUCGUCACGUCAUGCAUGGGCGUCCAGGCGCAAUGGAACAAACACUCAGCUGCGGGUGUGAGAAAGACCAAGUAG